AUGAGCGAGAGAGCCAUUCCUCAGACCACAAUGUCGCUUCUGGGUGCAUUUGAAUUGGUUGGAGGCCUCAGCCCAACUCCGUUCAUUUCAUAUGCCAUAUUGGCGGUAUUCACUGGUAUUUUCUUGAUUAAUAUAAAGGGAAUCCCGGGAUUUUGGCACCUUUUCCAUGCCAAACGGCGGAGUUUCAACCGUGAUAACGAUUGUACCACGGGCUCCGGCAUCACUAAUGCCGCAUCAAUCACCUCUGACCAGCCGAAUGGCGCCCCCCAACUCUUUUCCUAUUUGAUUACCGAGCACCGCAACUCUCCCAUCGAUUGUGACUAUAAUAUGCACAAAUCCAACAGCACAUUCUUCUCUGACCUUGACAUAAAUCGAACUCAGUUACUCCUGAACAUUUUCGGGGGGUUUCCUCGCUGGAAAACUGCAGAUGGUACAGCGUCGCCAUCUAAUGCCAAGGGUAUAAACGCCACUAAUAAACAGGACAGGCCAAAAAGGGGAUAUCACAAGGAGAAGUCUCUGGGGAUAGCGCUGGGUGGAGUGUCAUGCAUGUUUAAGAAGGAGAUAAAGCCGUUUCAGAAAUACGAAAUAUGGUCUCGAGUGAUUUCCUGGGACGAAAAAUGGUUGUAUGUCGUCAGCUACUUCGUCAAGGAUGGAAUGGAUAAGUCGGCUCUGCGACCCUCCUCAGCUCAGUCUCAACGUACUGGGAGAGAAGGUAAUAUAUCGAGUCUCGAUGCAAACAAUUAUAUCCUUUCUUCUUCCUUGAGUCGAUAUGUUUUCAAGGACGGCCGGCGAACCGUUAAGCCACAGGACGUGCUUGUGUAUUUGGGUCUAUAUCCAGAUGGAAAUACUGAGGCAUCGGAAGAAGCGGAUGGGGAUUCUACUAGCGAGAGUCUGGCAAUGUUUACAGAAAAGAGAAAACGGGGGCUUGAGGCGGUUAGGCACUUUUCUGAGAUGGAUUCCCUUCCUCUGCAUUUUGGAGAUACGAUGCCAUCGGUCCUUGGACGAUAUAUGGAUCUAUAA